CUGCUCUGGAGUUCUUGACCCUGACUAGGGUGGAGUAUGGUGUGGGGAGGUGAGAAAGACAAGGCCUCUGCCUCUGAGAUAUCCAGGGCCCAAUUUGACAGUUGCCUGGAACUUUUGGGGGUCCUGAUGGAUUCGAACCUGUUUCACAGCAGUGGUGAGCAACUCAGGGCUCACUUAACCAGAGGACUCCCCUCAUCAGAGUUGGUGUGAUUCCUCAACUUUCAGCUUUCCAGGGGAACUGCAGUAGGUCUUUGAACCCCACUCCCUCUUUGCUGAACUUUUUCACCUCCUUUUUCCACCAUCUGAGCUGUGGGAAAAAAGAAGUGCUCUUGUCCUCCUUUCCCAUGGACUCUGGAGUGGAAGGAAAGCUUUUCUUUAAUCAGAAAGCCUUCAAAUCCCUACUCAACACAGAUCCCCAGCUUGGCAUUUUCUUCCUUUCUCCCAGAUCUUUCCUCUCUAUGUAUUUGCUCACCUGGACACUCCCAAAGCAGAACCUGUGCCCGGCUCUUGGAGCUCCAGUUGUCGCUUCCCUGUAGUCAUGGCGACGUCAGCCACUAGUCCCAGUUCGCCUCUGCGGGCAGAGGAUCUAAUGAGCGAGUCCUCAGACAUCGCUGGGCUGAACCAAGUGUCUUCUGAGGUGACCUCCCAACUCUAUGCUUCUUUACACCUCAAUCGCCAGGCCGAAGCCACAGCUCGAGCCCAGCUGUAUAGAUCCAAUACCUCCCCACCUCCUCAUGAGGUCUUAGAUGGCUUGGCCCAAGAGCUCAGCCAUAGCUUGUCAGUUGGAUUGGAAAACAACUUGAAGAAGAAGGCGAGGGAGGAUGGUUCCAAACAUAUCUUUGAGAUGGAAAGUGUUCGGGGUCAACUCCAGAGCAUGCUCCAAACCUCGCGCGAUCCAGUCUAUCGGAUCCCCCUUACCACAGGUGCAGUUACAGAAAGACGGGAAGAGGACUCUUUUGAGAGUGACAGCACAGCCACCUUACUCAACAUCCGGCCUCUGCAAGAAUUAUCUCCAUCCAGCUCAGCCCAAGCCUUGGAGGAGCUGUUUCCCCGCUACACCAGCCUUCGAUCAGGGCCCCCACUCAAUCCUCCAGAUUUUCAGGGCCUGAGAGAUGCACUCGACUCAGAGCAUACUCGUCGCAAGCAUUGUGAACGCCAUAUCCAGAGUCUACAGACCCGAGUGCUCGAGCUCCAGCAACAGUUAGCUGUGGCUGUGACUGCUGACCGCAAGAAAGAUAUUAUGAUUGAACAACUGGACAAGACUUUGGCCCGAGUAGUGGAAGGCUGGAACAGACAUGAAGCUGAGCGGACCGAGGUGCUUCGGGGACUCCAGGAGGAACGCCAGUCCGCUGAACUCAUGAGAAGCAAGCAGCAGGAGACAGUAACCAGCUUAGAACAAAGUCUUUCUGAGGCCCUGGAGUCCCUGAGUCGUGAGCAGGAAGGUGCAAGACUACAGCGAAGGGAGAAAGAGACACUGGAAGAAGAAAGGCAAGCGCUAACUCUGAGCUUGGAACUAGAGCAACAGCGAUCCCAGGCCUUGCAGGAAGAACGAGAUGAGGCUCGGGCAGGACAAGUCAGUGAGCAUCGGCAGUUAGAGACACUUCAGGUUACUCUAGAACAAGAACGGCAGACUUGGGCCCAGCAAGAACAACAGCUUAAGGAACGCUACCAGACACUGCAAGAGGAAUACCAAGCUCAGUUGGAGAGGGAAAAGGACACCAUCCAACGGGAGACCCAGACAACCCGAGAGGCACAGCAACAAUUGGUGUUGGCUCAGUCUGAGGUGCGGCGAUUGGAAGGGGAGCUGGACACAGCCCGUCGAGAGAGGGAUUCCCUGCAGCUGGAAAUGAGUUUGGUGCAGGCCCGGUAUGAAAGCCAGAGAAUCCAAAUGGAGUCAGAGCUGGCUGUGCAGCUGGAACAGCAGGUGACAGAGCGGUUGGCACAGGCCCAGGAGAGUAGCGUGCGUCAGGCAGCUUCCCUCAGGGAGCAUCACAGGAAGCAGCUGCAGGACCUAAGUGGACAGCACCAGCAGGAACUAGCGACACAGCUGGCUCAGUUCAAGAUGGAGAUGGCAGAACGAGAAGAGCGCCAGCAGCAGGUGCUACAGGACUAUGAGCUCAGACUGGCCCGGGAGCAGGCAAGAGUCCGGGAGCUUCAGAGUGGGCACCAGCAACUGGAGGAGCAGCGGGUGGACCUGGUGGAGCGACUCCAAACCAUGCUGCAGACCCACUGGGAGGAAGCAAACCAGCUGCUGAGCUCGGCUGUUCUACCUCCCAACCCCCCGGUUUCUGUUGCCAACCCUUCCAGCCCUGGACCUCAGGAACCAGAAAUGGGGGAUAAGAGGACCUGGAACAUGCCUCAGGUAGCAGUGGCCCUGAAGCCUGCAAUGCAGCAGAGCCGGGAAGCAAGGAUUGAACAGCCUGGAGUGCAGCCCGUCCUCUGUAACUCCUCCUCAGAGCUUAGCCUUCUGCUUGGUCCCUCUUUCCAGAGCCAGAAUUCCUUCCAGCCCCUGGAACCAAAGCCAGAUCUCACUCCAUCCUCAGUUGGGGCCUUCCAUUCUGAUCAUGCAGCAGAACGGCCAUUCCCCGAGGAGGAGCCUAUAUCUGACAGGGAUGGCUUACUAAAGCAAGGGCUGCUCCCUCCUCCGCAACUGGAGGGCCUCAAGAAUUUUUUGCAUCAGCUACUGGAGACAGCACCGCAGAGCAAUGAGACCCCUUCUGUUGACCUGUUGCCCCCCAAACCUGGUCCUCUGACUGUCCCGUCUUGGGAGGAAACCUCUCAAGUACCACGUCUUCCACCUCCCGUUCAUAAAACUAAAGUACCCUUAGCCAUGGCAUCUAGUCUUUUCCGAGUCCAUGAACUUCCCUCAGCCCGUUCACAAGGCAAUGGUCCCAGCGGUGGCUCCCCAGAAAAAGGUGGAGACGAACUCACAGUCCCCAGGCAGCUGAUGGAGGUGUCCCAGCUGUUACGACUGUAUCAGGCUCGGGGCUGGGGAGCGCUGCCCGCUGAGGAUCUGUUGCUUCACCUGAAGAGGCUGGAACACAGCGGGAAUGAGAGUCGUGGCGAAAAUGUCCCCAAAAGGAACGCAGACUCUCGCUUGGGUGAAAUCUCCCGGAAAGAGAUUCCCUCCCAAGUUCUCCCUCGUCGCCUUGCUACUACAGCUUCGAAGAUAGAAAAACCUUCAGCGCGGAAGAAAAGUGCUCAUCCUGCGCCUAGUAGCAUGAGGGGUCGGGGGGGAAUCUGGAGAUAAGCCCAUGACCCUCUCCUCUUCACUUAAUUUUAUUGUUUCUACCACCAUCAU